AUGGCUGUGUCUGUUACAUCAUACAGCAUCGCAUAUGGGUUACAAUCCCUAAAACUCUACGACUACGACGACUAUGAGGAAUGUCGUCGAGAAUAUAGUGACUUUGUGUACUGCACUGUUAAAUCUCAUCUUUCCUCAAAUGCAUCAUCUACAAUUUGGAGAGAAAUACAGCAUCACUCUACUCAUCCUCGUCACUUUGAUCGACGAGUGAUUGAAGUUGGAUUCUGCUUGCAAAAAUGUCGAACAGUCGAAACAGUUCAGCCUCAAACGCACAAUGUGUCCGCUGUAUUGCAAACCUGCGUGGAACGGAAAAUUUGGGCGUUGUAUCAUCUAAACUCUACCACCGAGAUCAUGCGCUGCAUUUCUUCCAAUAAUUCGUUUGCCGACAACAGUUCCAGCACAGGAAUUGCACGAAUAAUAUUCAUAUGCAGUGUUGUAGGCGUGAUAGCUGCGGUUUUCUAUGCCACUGUUGCUGAUAAUCAGCAAACGGAUGGUGUUGCAGAGAAAAACUUAUUAGCCCCGACAAUCGUAGUCGAAUCGUUUUCACUAUCGCGGAACCUCCGAAGGCUUAUUAAACGAGAUGACAAAGCCGAAAUCAAUCUACGCCACCUUGACGGUAUUCGUGCUUUGACGAUGAUGAUUAUUCUUCUCACGCAUUGUUCGAUACCUAUGAUAAGGAUGCCGCUAAAGAAUGUCGAUCAGCUGGAAGCGCAAUUUAAUCAAUGGUGGUUUCCUAUUGCUAUGGCAGGCAAUACAUACACGGUUCAAAUAUUUUUCGUCAUCGGUGGUCUACUAUUGGCGGUGAAUAUGAUGGAGCAAACAAAAAAUAGUACACUGCCACCGUUAACAUAUAUCCUGAAUCGGAUAAAACUUAGAUUGAUCAGAAUUCUGCCUCUUUAUCUGUUUGUGAUCUUUUUCCAUGCUUCAUGGUACCCUAGGCUAUACGAUGGUCCAAUUGGCGAUCGAUACAAAGAUCAUUGCACAACAAAUUGGUGGACGAACGUAUUAUUUUUGAACAACUAUAUACACCCAAGCAAGCCGUGUAUCCAGUUUGCUUGGUAUUUGGGUGCAGAUUUUCAACUUUACGUUCUCGGUACAGUGCUGAUGAUGCUCAUCCGAGUCCCACGGCUUGUAAAACCAAUAGCAAUUUGCAUGGCGCUAAUUGCCUUGUUGGUUCCAAUGGUUGUGAUUUACAAUAACCGGCUGGAUGCCACUGUCAUGAUGAUUGUAAGAUAUAUUCUUGAAGAAAUAAGAACAUUGCCUUACUACAUUAAGAUGUACAUUCCAUUCGAAACAAAUGCUGGAAACUACUUCUUUGGUAUGUUUGCUGGUAUUUUGUAUUAUAACUUUCGGAAUAAUCCGGCAGCCGUCAGUAUUCUUAAGUUGCGAUAUCUGUUGCCGAGUAGUGCUAUAUUUUUCGUAGCAAUGAACGGACUUACCGUACUGUUACCUUCAGAUCACUUAAGCCAUCCCUCCAUGGCUUUGGCUUUCUACGGAUCGAUGCUGAAGAGCGCAUGGGGAAUAUUUCCCUCCGUUGUGUUACUUCAUAUGGCUUUCCAGAAAACUCCUUCAAUGCUACUAUCAACACUCCAGCAUCCCGUUUUUUUGGUUGGAUCCAAGUUGAGCUAUAGCGUGUAUUUACUGCAAUACGGAAUAAUUUAUGCUACAUACAAACACAUUACAUAUCCGAUUAUGUACGACAGUUUUACCAUACUCUUCUUCACAGCCGCAAUUGUGAACAUUACUUUUUGCAUGUCAUUCAUACUACAUUUAUUUAUUGAGCAGCCGUUCAGCACAAUGCUUAGACGUCUCCUUAUGACAUCAAAAAAAAUAUAAAACUGUAAAAAUAAGUUAUUCAAGUGCGUAAUAAAAAUGCAAGGGA